GCACGAUGUCUAAUCUGAGGCUGUACACGUUUCCCGGCAACAAGAACGCCUGGAAGGCGCAGAUUGCGGCCGAGUAUGUGGGCGUCAAGCUCGACGUGCCAGCCUUCGAGAUGGGAAAGACCAACAAAAGCCCGCAGUUCCUGAAGCUGAACCCAAAUGGAAAGGUGCCAACUUUGCAGACUCCUGAAGGAGGCAUCUGGGAGAGCAAUGCAAUUGCUCGCUACGUGGCUCGGCUGGCAGACAAGGGCCUCUUUGGCGCCACGGCAUACGAUGCUGCUCUGGUCGAGCAGUGGAUUGAGUUCGCCACUGGGGAGCUGGAUGCACCACUUGCCUCCUGGUACUAUCCCAUUGCUGGCUACAUGGAGUACAAUAAGAAGAAAGAGGAGGCUGCCAUUGCAACGGUGAAGAAGUCCCUGGGAGUUCUGAACGAGUACCUGGCCACCCACACCUUCCUAGUGGGCAACUCUGUCACUCUCGCUGACAUCGUCGGUGCCGCCAAUCUCUACCACGGCUACACCAAGCUGUUCGACGAGGCCUUCAGGAAGGACUUUCCCAAUGUGCAGCGCUGGUUUUUGACGCUGGUGAACCAGCCGGAGUUCAAGAAGGUCAUGGGAGAGGUGGCCCUGGCAAAGGAGGCCCUGACGUACCAGGCCAAGAAGAAUGACAAGCCCGCGCCUGCUGCCAAGAAGGAGAGCAAGCCCGAGCCCCCUAAGAAGGAGAGCAAACCCGCGCCUGCUGCAAAGGAGGCGGCGGCUGCAGAGGAGGGUGAGGAGAAGCCCGCGCCGAAGCCGAAGGACCCGCUGGCAUCGCUGCCGCCCAGCAAGAUGAUCAUGGACUCGUGGAAGCGGCUCUAUUCCAACACGCCCGGCGCCAAGUUCAAAGAGAUCUGCGUCAACGGCCUCUGGAACGGCGCCGACAUCCCCAACUCACCCAACAACGAGGGCUUUGACCCGGAGGGCUACAGCAUCUGGUUCUGCGAGUACAAAUACCCCGAGGAGAACACCGUCAACUUCAUCGUCAUGAACAAGGCAUGCACCUCCCCUCCUGUGGGCGGCUUCCUGCAGCGCAUUGACUACGUGCGAAAGCACGCCUUUGCCGUCAUGUCCAUCCUGAAGGACGACAAGGGCCAGUUCCCCAUCAGGGGGAUGUGGAUCUUCCGUGGGCAGGAGAUCCCGGCCAUCAUGGUGGAGGAGUGCUUUGACCUGCCCCUGUAUGAGUGGAACAAGGUCGACACCAGCGACGCGGCUGUCCGCGAGCGCAUCAGCUCCCUGCUGUGCGAAGAGGACAAGAUUGAUGGCCUGGAGAAUGUGGAGGUCAAGGUGUUCAAGUAGGCACUGUUUAUCACAAUGUUCAGGUCUUUUCCAGAGUCCGUAUAGGUGGUGUUGACAUCAGCUCUCUGUGCUUGUGUGAUGAAUGUGCGCAUAAAUGCCCUGGCUAAAAGCAUCUAAUUAGAGUCAGGACUGGGAAUGGGGUCUUAGAAGCACCACAAUCAUUGCAGACAUUACAGUUGUAAACAACCCAAUCUUCAAAUU